UGUUGGUUUGUUUCGAGGCUAUCGCGCGUGCGCACUUGGCGGCGGCGGUCAACAUGGCGGUUCCUGGGAUGAAGCCAGCUCUUCGGUCUCUGCAGAUUUUCGUCCUGCUCGUGUUAUUCACGCAAUGGGAGUGCGUGAUUGCUGAGUCGGACACAGCUGCAAUGAGCCAGAGCCUGGAGCCCCGGCAGGUGUACCCGUUCCGGCGGUACGGAGACGUGACCCUGCUGCCCUUCCUCGUCUCCCACGGGGCACUGCGGGCCAGCUGGUCCUUCAGGGCCAACGUGAGCAGGCACUGCACCCCAGAGAAGGUCCACCUAUACCUGCAGUAUGGUGGGCUUCCUGUGCUGAGCCCCCUGAACGCCACGUUUCCCGACAACUUUGUUACCCAACGCCAGCGCCUGCGGAGCAUCGUUCUAGACACGGACUCCACGGACCACUUCAUCAACGUGACCUCGCCCGACCCGGGCCAGUGGUUCGGCGCUGCCUUCACGCUCGAUCCGCACCAGCGCAUUGUGCAGAAGGACCUGUUUGCGCCAUGUAAGGUGUUCCUGUCUAGCACUCUUUCCACCUACCAGCUGGAUGGAGUCACCGAUCUGCUGCUGAAUCAGUCCACCGCCCACCGUGUUGCUCAACCCACCUACUUUAGGUUUUCGGCACCGCACGAAGCCUGGAGCGUGAACCUGACCGUGACGGAGUGCAAGCAGACAAGCACUUUGUCCGCUGUGGGACAGUGUCCCCUGGCACUCAAAGCCACCUCAGGGGUGGCCCCGGUGCUGGACGAGGAAGUGGACCUCGAGGUGGAGCGACGCACAACUGCGAUCAACUGCAGCGCUGACCCCUGCCAAGGGUCGAUGGCCCCUGAGCCAGGAGAGUGGAGCUAUCUUCUCGUGGAGCCCGUCGGGGGACCUGUGGAGUUCAAGCUCCUCUUGACAGCCAUGGACUGCAAGUCCUUCGAAGAGUCCAGGUCUGCUGCAAAGCUGAAGAGAAAGCCUGAAGGAAAAAUAGACAUCUUGGAGAAAAUUCUUUCGGCGAAUGCAAGCGUUCUAAAAUCCGUCUUGAGCGAGUACCUCGAGCCGCCAGAUGUGCCGGACACUUGCUGGCCCUCCUACGAGCUCAUGCACGUGAACAUGCCAGGUGCAUUUGAGUACGGCUACCGGCUAAAUCACUCCGACUCCAACUUCAGCUCGAGCCUCAACUUGAGCCAUUCCGAGCCGACUCUCAUCACGUUCCGGGUGUUUCCCGUUGUAGACACCGGAGGCACCCUUUCCAUCACGCUCAGACUCCACGCUCCCGAACAGGAGGCCCUGCUGAACAACAUCACCGUGCGUGCGGUUCUCACGUACGGGUCUCGACCCCGGCUGAGGCACGACGAGCGGGACUGGGACUGGGGCAGCACCUUUGCGGUCAACACCAGCUCGGUGGGCUCCGCGACCGCCGAGAUCCACCUGCCCUAUCCGGAGGCGGGCCUCUGGUACCUCGGCCUGCUGCCCCUCUGCUACCUGGAGGACCGACGGAACGCGAGCGUGCCAGACUGGGUCCCGUGCGAAUACGAGUCGCUGUCCGUGGAACUGAGCAUCAACUCGUCGGCGUGCCUGAAUCAAAAGUGCGGCCUCUUUGGCCGUUGCUUCCAGUACAUCAGCGGCGGAAUUAUCUUCAGCAGCUGCUACUGCAGCUCAGGUUAUCGGGGCUGGGGCUGCACCGACAGCACGGAGGCCCAGAGUUACAACCACAUGCUGAUUGAACUGCUGUUGCUCACGCUGAGCAACCUGUUCUUUCUCCCCGCCAUCCUCUUGGCGGUCAUUCGGCGCCACUUCUUGGAAGCGCUCGUCUACACGGCCACCAUGUUCUCUUCCGCGUUCUACCACGCCUGUGACGCGGACCUCUCGGUGAUCUGCGUGCUGCGCCCAAGCGUCCUCCAGUACUGCGACUUCCUGACGGCAACGGUGUCCCUCUGGGUGACCCUGCUCUGCCUGGCCGACCUCUCGGCACCCGCGCGUACCCUGGUGUCGACGUUCGGCGUCCUCUGCAUCGCCAUUGCUGUCGAGAACGACAGGAUGGGGCUGAUCGUCAUCGCGCUGCCCGUUGCCUUCGGCCUCACGCUCGUCUUCGUGUCUUGGAUGCGGCAGUGCUUCGUGCGAAGAUCCUGCUUCCCGCGCUCCAAGAUCUGGCUGCUCAGCAUCGUGCCGGGAGCUGCGCUGGCGGUCAUCGGCGUCGUGCUGUACACGGGCUUCGAGACGCGGCGCAACUACGCCUACGUGCACAGCGCCUGGCACGCCCUCGUCGGCCUCUCCCUCUUUGUCGUCUUGCCAGGCAGGCGGAAAUCUCCGGAUGGCGACCUGAAGCCAGACCCCAUAAAUCCGUGCAGCUACGUCCGCGUCGAAGAACUGAGCGACAUGACGCCCACGCCCGAGCCCGCCUCGACGGCUCGCAGCCAGCUGGUGCCCCCCGGCACGGCGUGACCGUGGCACGACGGCGGCACGGGGUGGAUGCCCGUCUUUGGCGCAAACCCCCGCGACUCCCCAUACAUUGCGGGCUACAGGCGCCUCUCGGUCACCCCAAACACCGGGAUGUGAAGCGGUGCCAUGUGUGAGCGAGCAGUCGCACCUCAAGAGCUAGUCUGGCCACCGUUGGUGGAAAACGCUUUGUUGGGGCAUCAGCGAGCAGGCACCAAGGCUAGCCCGCAGUCUGGCCACAGCAGGCUAGGUGGCGCAAGCUACUGCUCAAUGCAAAAGGUGUAGCCAACGCCGUCUAUAUCCAUUCGUACAUCCAUCCAGGCUCGACUAACGGACAAUCUACACGCACCAGCGGCAAGAUGGCCGUACCUGCAAACGCGUGUUCCACUUUAAUCUCGGAUGCGAUCCUGGCUUCAAUGCCGGCUGCAAUCUGUGUUCACUACGACGUAACCCCGAUGCUGGCUAAUGCUAGGAGCUACAACGUUAAAAAAUGUCGGGCCUUUGUUGGCUUAAUGCUGGCCAGUGUUGACUGUGAUGGUGGGAUCCAUGUGCACUACCAGGUUGAACGAAAUGCGGGUUUCAUUGUCGGCUAGGUUGAAUGCUGGCUUCAGCAUUGGCUAUGAUAUUGACCACAAUAUCUGCGGCAGUGACUGUAAUAUUGAUUGCACUGCCAUCUACCCCAGCAGUGCUGAAGUGCUGACUGUCGCCUUUGCUAGUGUUUAUUGGGUCUACAUCAGUAUAUUGUUUAGCUACAAUGUUGCUACACCACUAGCUAUCAUGCUAGCAUGCAUUUUGUUGUCUUGUUACAUUUUUUUAUGCUGAUAACAACUAUAUGAUAUUGACCAUUGUAUACUGACUGUAAUGGCGACUCAAAACUUGUGUGUAAUCCUAGGUUUGAUGUGGAUCACUCUGCAAGCUGCAAAAAUUAUUCUUUACUGCCUGGGAUGAUGGCUAUGGUGUUGAGAACAAUUGUUGACCACAACGUAAAUUUUAUAUGUUUGUGAGACCCAUUCAAAAAAUUUAGUGACUGUUUCCUGGACUGGAAAGCUUCAUAUUCUAGCAACUAUGCAAUCUGCAUUUUUUUUUUAUUGACAUUGUGCCGCUUUUCCAAGCACUAAACUUCCUCUAGUCUGUUUGCAUCGCAUAUAGUUUUCUUCUUUUAUUUUCGUUUUUGCAGAAACAUUGCCUCUUUACUUAUUUCUAAUAAAUGAACAUUAAUUUUAAAUAUGGUGACAGCAGAACUGAAACUGUUUAAGUAAUUUAGAAUUAUUACUAGGUGCAUGUGAAGUAAUAAUUAUUUUUAAAAGUUUAAAGCAUUCUCUGGAACCAUAUUCAUAGCCAAACCCAAUAUAGUUUGUUCAUUGGUACAAUGAGAAAAUGCUAAAGCAAUCAUCUAUUUCAUUAGCUUUGGAUCUGGCUUUGGCUUUAUAUUUGACUUCUGUUUAAAGUUUGCUUUGUGAAGUUCAUGUUGGGUGAUUCAUGCCUUUUUUUUAUAUUUGCCCUCACUGUGCUGCCAUAUGUUUUAGAGUUACAGAGGGCAACAGCAUACCAUUGGUGUCAAGUUGUCUGCAAGAAAGGAACUGCAUUUUUGUCUUUAGGCUUCCCAAAGGAAGUAUAUUAUUUUGGUUGUUAAUGGAAGAAAAACAGCAGCAAACAAUUAGCAACAUACAUGUUUAUAGUGUAAAUAUUUGUGACGAUUAUUAAAUGCUUACGAAGCAGGUAAUGUGAAAAACUGUGUAAUAAAUGCACGGUGUGUGUUGCUAGUGAGACUGGAAUUUUCGAAACAAUCAUGUUUUGUGCAAAAAAUGUAAAAACAAAAGUUGAGCAACAAGCGGCUUUUGCUUGUUUCCGUUGAAUUUCCCUGUGCUUUUGUCAGCCCAGUUUGGAAGGGCCGGUUAUUUCACAUCAAUUUAUGAUUGUCUAUACUUAACUCUUUCUGUCAACUCGAUGUUGUCGGCAGGUUAUCGAGGAACUUGUUGUACUAGAUUUUAUAUUGCGUAUGGCGCAGCAUUCAUUUAAAAUGUAUGCUGUGACUCUUGCAAGGUUGUAGUUUCUGUUCCAAAUCACUAAAAUCAUUUACUCAUUGCCACAAAUGGACUUCUAGUCACAAGCAAAAGGUUUCAAUGCUUGUUUUUAAGCCUGUGAGUUUGGGUAUCUAGCUUAGACAAGUAAAUGGUAUAUUUUUUUAUUAGAGCUUUUCUAAGCUAUUUUUUUCCCAAACGAUAGCCUUACGGCAUUAUGUGUGCUAUGCAUAUAUUUCGUCUUUUUAUUUAAUUUUUUAGUUCAAUUAUAAGCUUUCUUUAGAUGCAUUUUGCAUUUAUUGUAAUUACAUAUUUGAUAAUGGUGCAGUGUUGCCUUGCUCUAGAAUUAUGCCAUCCCGAGGAGGUCCUUUUUUUAUUGAAGAAACAUCUACGUGCCUAAUUUUGUACUCCAUGUUUUUCUGUGCUUUGGAAUUAUUUGGGAAUCACAUAACCAUGUUGCCAUCUUUCAACCUCAUCCCACACUGCCCAGCGUUGUUGUCCGUGGGAUACUUUUAUUGAGGUGUGAAAUAACCACUGUGAUCUCUUUCUGAACAAAAGAACUUUGGCACAUUUUAUUGUUGAAACAUGUGUACUCUAUUUUUGCAGAUCAUGAUUUGGAAGAUGUCUGGUUGGUUCAGAAAAAGCCCUGACCUUUUCUUUUUCUUUCUGAACACGGGGACAAUAAAAUGCUACAGCUGCCAUA